AUGACAUCCUCGUUUCUUGUUUUGGCAUCGACUCAGACAGAAAAGCAACGUCGUAUCGAACUUUCCGGUACCGAUCUUUGGAUUAUGGACCGUAUAGACAACGUAUUUGUUUAUCCAGCCAAUUUAAAUGUCAAUCGAUUCAUAGAAGCACUCGGUCGUACUCUCUGCUUGUGGCCAUUUAUUGCUGGUCGUUUUCUUUUAUUAGAAGGUGAUCGCUAUGUUAUCGAAAUGUCUGACAAUCCUAUCCCUGUCUCAGUGGUCGAGAAUAAUGAUCUACUCAAAUGGCCAUUUGACUCCAAAGUUCUAGUGGACCUGCGUUAUCAUACAUUGGAACCGUUUAUUGACGAAGUUCCUAUUCACAAACUGUUGUGUGGUUCAUCGGAGGAACCACUUGUUCGCUUUAAAUUUACUCGACUCGUAAAAAGCGAUGAAUUUGUCAUGGGCAUUAGUUGGGCACAUGUUUUGGGCGAUGCAGCGUCUUGUUUACGUUUUCUAACGACAAUUUCACGGUUAUAUCAGCAACUUCAGCCGCUCGAACCGUUCCCCAUAUUCGAACGACGUCUUUGGACUGAUAACACAGUGAAUCGAUCUUUAUUGAACAUAAUGAAGCCAUUACGCGAUUCCGAACCAGCAGAACAAAUGUUUCAAACGCUCAUCGAUGAGCAAAUGACCCAUGAUCAACUGAAUUUACAUUUUUCUAGCAAGCAACUCAUAAAAUUACGAACACUAGCUGGUAGUGGUCUUGUAACUAUUCAAGAUGCACUUACCUCAUAUAUUAUUCGCACAUUGAAUUGCCAUUGUUUUCAAAACGAUGAUCAUCGUCGAAUCUUACGGACUGAUACUGCUGUAAACUUUCGUGGUGUUACUGAUUCGAUUGCACCACAAGGUCUGAUCGCCAAUGCUGUAUUCAUGAUGUUAUCGGACGAUUUUGACGAUCCAUAUUCAUUGUCAAAUAUCGCUCAGACUAUUCGUCGGUCGAUUAUUAAGUCCCGAGAUGCAAAGUUUCUUGAACCUUGGUUGGCCACUGCCAAUGUGCUUAUGCGUACAAUGGCACGAGAGCAACGACUGGCUAAUAUUCGCCAUUCUGCCAAUGAGAUCGUCGUCAAUUCGAAUUUGAAAUACAACUGGGCAAGUCUAGUUGAUUUCGGUUACACAGAUAAAUGUCGUUUUCAUACAGUUUGGGCGGGAGUAUUGUAUCUUAGGGUAUUUCAUCUCAAUCCAGUAUACGAUGGCACCAAAUGGAUCCCACCAGAUCGCAACGGAGCAGAAGUUGCGUUUCGACUUGAUUCAGAGACCAAAGAAAAAUGUACACAAGCAUUGGAAAAUUAUGUCCAAAAUAAUUUUGAUAAUAUCGACAAAUAG